AGGUCUGGUUGAAAGGGAUGGAAGGAACUCAGAUGGGCGUGUGGGUGAACCAUGGGGAAGGAAGGUGUCACUUCCCUGAUGCCUCAGUCUUUGAACGUGUCAAGAAGGAGCAGUUAAUCCCCAUGCGCUACAUUGAUGACGACGGCAACGCGACGGAGACGUAUCCCUUCAAUCCCAACGGCUCACCGGAGGGCAUCGUGGGUCUUUGCAGUUCAGAUGGAAGAAUCCUGUCCAUCAUGCCGCACCCUGAACGCCUGGCGAGCUGGCCGUGGCAAUGGCCCUACGCUCCACAGGAGUGGAUGGAGGGCUCCAAGAGAUUGAGAUGUUCCCCUUGGUUGAAGAUGUUCCAGAAUGUGAGAGAAUGGUGCGACAGCAAGUGAUGGACUGGAGCCAUCUCACCGCAGGUCACCGCGGGACUUGCGGUGGAUCAAACAUAUCAAAAGUUGUGCAUAAAAGUUAAAGAGCGGAGCUCUUUUUUCCCCUUUAAUUUAAGCGCCGGGGCCCCUUGAUCUUAAGGUCAAUGCCCUGAAGUGCAUGAAAAAAUGUGCGUCUCACACCGAAAACUCUUGUGUUUCUGGAGCUUCAAUGCGAUUUUAGAGGCAUUUAGAGGCUUCACUUUUGUGCACAGCGCGAGAAGCAAGUCUAUCUUUGGGUGCGUAGCUUUGGAUCC